AUGGUUAAUCUACCUGUGUUAACAUUUGUAUUUAUUUUAGCGAUUCCAUACUCAGCCGCCGUCCAGUGUAGAGGGGGAUGGAUUGGCUUCGAGGAUUCAUGUUACUAUCUGUCUCACGGAGUCGCCACCUGGGCUGAGGCCGGAGGUGUUUGUAAGAUGCUUGGAGGCUUUCUAGCUAUGAUAGAAAGAGCAGACGAACUGACUUUUCUGAAAUCUGCGUUAAAUAAUCUCCAUCAUAAUGAUGCUUCAACGAAGCAAUACUGGAUUGAUGGCAACGACCUCGAGAUCGAAAAUGUCUGGAGGUGGAUAAAAACUGGACAGACUAUUACCUUUACGGACUGGGCUCCUGGAGAACCUAAUGCUGCCGAAAACGAUAAUUGCUUGAACCUUUGGGGAAAGAGUGGAUUUCGCUACGCUGACAAUGAUUGCGAAGAACAUUACAACUAUGUAUGCCAAAUAAGAGAUCCUGAAGAAACUGAAAUUGUUGGAUGA